UGAAAACUAUCUCCAUGCAGCGAGUAUUCUCUACGCGCUUAAAUCGACUCCGACUCAACCAGACACGGACCUUUUGACUCUCCGGUCUCCACCCUUGAAAGUUGUUGCCCGAACGCACAAGCGGCCCACCCAUAAACCAUCGGAUAAACCCGAACAUCUGUACAUUCACCGCCUUCUCUCCAUUCCUUCGAAGCCAAGCAAAAACACUUUAUAUUUCUCAGUGUUCGAUCUCUCUGUUUCUCUCACUCACCAUGGCACGGAGAUCAGCCUCAGCGGCCAUGAUCGUCACGAACACGCCUGCAAAAGACCUAGCCUACACCAAUUUCGCCUACUGCUCGCCGUUGGAUCUCAGGAACUUCUCUGUCCCCGGAUCCAAUCUCUUUCUUGCUCUGGUUGCUGAUACGUUUGUGUUAUCUUUAUCUGCCUACGAAAGCAUACCUAUUGGCCACAUUGCUCUCAAUGCCAUUCAGCGUCGCCAUGCAAGAGUUUCCACUGGGGACACGGUAUCCGUGACCAGAUUUGUUCCACCUGAUAAUUUCGAACUAGCAGUGGUUACUCUUGAGUUGGAGUUUGUAAAAAAAGGGACUAGAGACGAGCAGAUUGAUGCUGUUCUUUUGGCUCAGCAACUUAGGAAGAGAUUUAUCAACCAAGUUAUGACAACAGGGCAGAGGGUAACAUUUGAGUAUCAUGGCAAUGGUUAUAUCUUCACAGUAAAUCAGGCUGUUGUAGAGGGGCGAGAAAAAUCAAACAGUAUAGAAAGAGGGAUGAUUUCAGCUGACACAUACAUUGUUUUUGAAGCGUCAAACUCCAGUGGAAUAAAUAUUGUCAACCAACGUGAAGCUGCUAGAAGCAACAUCUUCAAGCAGAAAGAGUUUAAUCUUCAGUCACUGGGUAUAGGUGGUUUAAGUGCGGAGUUUGCAGAUAUAUUUCGAAGAGCUUUUGCCUCUAGAGUUUUUCCUCCACAUGUGACGAAUAAGCUGGGCAUCAAACAUGUAAAGGGAAUGCUGCUUUAUGGACCUCCUGGUACUGGAAAGACUCUAAUGGCUCGCCAGAUUGGAAAAUUGUUGAAUGGAAAGGAUCCAAAGAUUGUCAAUGGGCCUGAAGUGUUAAGCAAAUUUGUUGGUGAAACUGAGAAGAAUGUGAGGGAUUUAUUUGCUGAUGCCGAACAAGACCAGAGAACCCGAGGUGAUCAAAGUGACUUGCAUGUUAUCAUAUUUGAUGAAAUUGAUGCAAUCUGUAAGUCAAGAGGUUCCACUAGAGAUGGUACUGGAGUUCAUGAUAGUAUUGUUAACCAACUCCUCACGAAGAUAGAUGGUGUUGAGUCUCUGAAUAAUGUUUUGCUUAUCGGGAUGACCAACAGAAAGGAUUUGCUAGAUGAAGCGCUUUUGAGGCCUGGGCGUUUGGAAGUCCAAGUGGAGAUCAGCCUUCCUGAUGAGAAUGGUCGCUUACAAAUUCUUCUAAUUCACACAAAUAAGAUGAAAGAAAAUUCUUUUCUUGCUCCAGAUGUUAACUUGCAAGAGCUUGCUGCUCGGACAAAGAAUUUCAGUGGAGCAGAACUUGAAGGUGUUGUAAAAAGUGCAGUAUCGUUUGCUUUGAACCGACAAUUAAACAUGGAUGACCUCACUAAGCCUGUGGAUGAAGAAAGUAUAAAAGUCACAAUGGAUGAUUUCUUGAAUGCCCUUCAAGAAAUUAUUCCUGCAUUUGGAGCUUCUACAGAUGACCUUGAACGUUGCAGACUGAAUGGCAUGGUGGAUUGUGGAGGACGACAUGAGCACAUUUACAAAAGAACUAUGCUACUGGCGGAGCAAGUAAGGGUGAGCAAAGGAAGCCCACUUGUUACUUGUCUUCUGGAAGGCCCAGGUGGCAGUGGUAAGACUGCACUGGCAGCUACUGUUGGUAUUGACAGCGAUUUUCCCUAUGUCAAGAUUAUUUCUGCUGAAUCAAUGAUUGGGCUCAGUGAAAGCAGUAAAUGUGCCCAGAUUGUCAAGGUGUUUGAGGAUGCUUAUAAAUCGCCAUUAAGCGUAAUUGUCCUUGAUGACAUUGAAAGGCUACUGGAGUAUGUUGCAAUUGGACCUCGUUUUUCAAAUAUAAUUUCUCAGACGUUGUUGGUCCUCCUCAAGCGGUUUCCUCCGAAGGGGAAAAAUGUUUUGGUAAUUGGGACUACAAGUGAGGUGGAUUUCUUGGAUUCAAUUGGCAUUUGUAAUUCUUUUUCUGUCACGUACCAUGUUCCGACAUUAAAGACAGAAGAUGCUAAAAAGGUGUUACAGCAGAUAAAUGUUUUUGCCCAGGAUGACAUUGAUGCCGCUGCCGAGGCCCUUAAUGAUAUGCCAAUCAAAAAGCUCUACAUGGUAGUUGAAAUGGCCGCCCAAGGCGAACAAGGCGGGGGAGCAGAAGCCAUAUAUUCGGGUACAGAGAAAAUCAACAUUGCUCAUUUCUAUGAUUGCCUUCAGGACAUAGUCCGAUAUUAGAGUGGAAAUGCGCUUCUCAUCCCAACUUCUCAAGAUUUAUGCAUAAACCACAGUUUUGUAUCUUCACUUCACAAAUUUAUUUUUCUCUUUUUUCCUACUGUUAUAUCAUUGACUGGAUGUAAGCGUGAAUUUGUAUCUCUCUUUUUGCUGAGUGUUUUCUUUGUUCAUCCAGGAGAGAGUUUUCUUCGUCUGUUCAGGACUCGGUUCUUCUCUGAUCCUUUUUCCAUCCGAGCCUUUAUCGGACAGCCAUACAACACGGUGCUUUGUGUGUGGUAUACUCUAGUGAGGGCUUGGACCGAAAAAGACACGGAGAAGAUCCUUGUCCGUUCAAGUAAGGUCUUAAAACAAGAUUUUAUGGUUACCAGUGUGGUUGAUUGGAGUGUCAUGAACGUCUCUGUGGUUUUGAGAUAUUUAAUCAAAUAUUUCCAAUAUUGUAUUGCAAUAGGUGGCUCUACUAUAUGUUUGUAUGAGCUUGAGUUACUUAUAAUAAUGCAUGCAUGUAUCCUUCUCUUGCAAACCUCCAUAACAGGCUUGGAACUGAGAUGUGUACGCAAAGAUAGGUUGUUAUGUAUUGGACUCUGCACACCAUGCUUAAUGGAUACCCACUUGAGAUUUUAUGCUGAAA